UAUUAUUAUUAUUAUUAUGCUACAGUCCUAAUUAAUCUGCGCGUGAGCUGUUUCAUGACCGCGUCACUGGGCUCUCUGCCCGCGCGCCACAGAACUCUCAUUUAAUUUUUUUUUUUUACAUUUAACGGAAGCUCAUCGGAAACCAACUCCUCUACAUUUAGCACCAAUUCAGUACAGAAUCUGCGUUUGUUCUUUCUUUUUAUAAUGACUAAGAGGAAAACGUCACAAUAAAAUAAAGCUAGAUAAUAAUUAGACUUCUUGCGGUACAUGACGACGGAUUAGAGUUUUAUAGCUGCGUAUACAGUCGAUGCUUAGCCAGUCUUGCUAACACUUAAUCAAACCCUGAGGUAAAAACAAAGAGAAAGAAAAAUUUAACACACCGUAGAAAUUUGUAAACUAUCUCCGUCCUGUGGAAAUAUUUCAGGAUUACCGGCUCCGGUCUCCGCUGAUCACACACACUCUGAGGGACUGGGUAAGAGCUGUGUGUUGUGUAUCAGCUGGUGUGCGGGUCAGUUCGGACUACACGCGUUAACCGGGAUGAUGAUUGUGGACUGUGCCGCUGUGAUGCUCGGUGUGCUGCUGCUCACGCCGCUUUGUCGGCCCUCGGUGGAAGCGCUCGCGAGCUCGUCGCCGCCGGACCCGUGCUACGACGAAAACGGGCAGGCGCGCCGCUGCAUCCCGGACUUCGUGAACGCUGCGUUCGGCCGGGAAGUGCGCGCGUCCAGCACAUGUGGCCAGAAGACACCGAGUCGCUACUGCUUGGGGACGGAGAGAGGCGGUGGAGAGAGGAGCCGCGAGUGCCGCAUGUGUGACGCGUCAGACCCCAAAAGGCGCCAUCCGGCUUCGCACCUCACCGACCUGCACAACCCUCACAACCUUACGUGCUGGCAGUCCGAGAACGGCAUACGGUACCCUCAGAACGUGACGCUUACGCUGUCUCUCGGUAAGAAGUUCGAGGUGACGUACGUGAGCGCGCAGUUCUGCUCGAUCCGUCCGGACUCGAUGGCCAUUUUCAAGUCCAUGGACUACGGCAAGACGUGGGUUCCGUUCCAGUACUACUCAAGCCAGUGCCGGAAAGUGUACAACAAGCCGAACCGGGCCGCCAUCACCAAGCAGAACGAGCAGGAGGCCGUGUGCACGGACGCGCACCAGCAGCAGCAACCGCACCAUCAGCAGCCGGUCUCGGGCGGCCUCGUGGCCUUCAGCACGCUGGACGGCCGGCCGUCUGCUCACGACUUCGACAACUCGCCCGUGCUCCAGGACUGGGUCACGGCCACGGACAUCCGCAUCACAUUCAGCCGCUUGCACGGUGAGGAGCGCAAGGCCGAAGCAGAGGACGAGGAGGACUCGCACUUCUACGCCGUGUCCGACCUGCAGGUAGGCGGCCGGUGCAAGUGUAACGGGCAUGCCUCACGCUGCGUGCGCGAUCGCACCGGAGAGCUCGUGUGCGAGUGCAAGCACAACACGGCGGGACCCGAGUGCGACAGGUGCAAACCGUUCCACUACGACCGACCGUGGCAGCGCGCGACCGCGAGAGAGGCCAACGAGUGUGUCGCAUGUAACUGUAACCUCCACGCCCGGCGCUGCAGGUUUAACAUGGAGCUGUAUAAGCUGUCGGGGAGGAAGAGUGGAGGCGUCUGUCUCAACUGUCGCCACAACACGGCCGGACGCCACUGUCACUACUGUAAAGAGGGCUACUACAGAGACAUGAGCAAACCCAUCACUCACAGGAAGGCCUGCAAAGCGUGUGAUUGCCAUCCCGUUGGUGCCGCGGGAAAAACGUGUAACCAAACCACAGGCCAGUGUCCAUGUAAAGACGGCGUGACGGGUAUCACGUGCAACCGCUGCGCUAAGGGCUACCAGCAGAGCCGCUCGCCCAUUGCUCCCUGCAUCAAAAUUCCAUCUGCACCACCAACGACCACAGCGAGCAUCACAGAGCAGCCUGCAGACUGUGACUCCUACUGCAAGGCAUCCAAAGGGAAGCUGAAAAUCAACAUGAAAAAGUACUGCAAGAAAGAUUACGCUGUUCAGGUGCACAUCCUGAAAUCGGACAAGGCGGGCGAGUGGUGGAAAUUCACUGUGAACAUCGUGUCCGUGUACAAGCAGAGCGAGAGCCGCAUCCGCCGAGGGGACCAGCUGCUGUGGGUCCGAGCCAAGGACGUGGCCUGUAAGUGUCCCAAAAUGAAAACAGGGAAGAAAUACCUGCUGCUGGGGAACAACGAGGACGCGCCAGGGCAGAGCGGCAUGGUGGCCGAUAAAGGCAGUCUGGUCAUCCAGUGGAGGGACACGUGGGCGCGGAGACUGCGCAAGUUCCAGCAGAGAGAGAAAAAAGGCAAAUGCAAGAAGCCUUAAAGAGAGACGAACAUCUGAGACAGAGAGACGGACGAUCUGAACUCAAAUAUUCACACAGAUCUGACGCAGUGCAGAGAGAGAGAGAGAGAGAGAGAGGCGAGCGAGCGAGCGAACACUGCCGCUCGGAACAGAGAACGGUUUCCUUAAACAGGAAGUGCACGCCUGUCACGAAGGGACUCACCUCACAGUUUGAUUUUCUUUCUUUCUUCACGUCCUUCAGCGCUCGCUUCAUGUGGAUUUGCACCGUGUCUCUGUAAAACCUCAUCACUCUCCCAAAUUCUGUUUACAGACCCAGGAAAGACUCAGAAACCCACAGAUACUCUCCUGCCAUCACCCGCUGCCGGGGAUCUGAUUCUCACUUCCUCCAGCAGUGAAACGAUGCCCAUGCUUGCGUUUAUGUUGUACAUUUUUUUUACUCCAGCACACAGAAUAUUAAAUAAAUUCCUUUUUUUGUGUUUUGUUUAAAACAAGCCCACUAUUAACCCUCCACAGAAAUUUAAUCUCAUUAAUAUUCAUGACACACUGUUAUUUUAUCGAGUUUACAUGCAAAUGUACAUGUACGAUGCCUGACACACACACACACACACACACACACACACACACACACACACACAAACGGUUUUUUAAUAGUUAAUUCCUUUAGCAGUCGAAAGCGAGCUGUUUUUUUUUAAUGAGCAUGUUUAUUAAUGAAUCCCAUAAUGAAUUCCUAGUGAACAUGAGCGCUAAAAAAAAUUUAAAAAACAACAUAUUAAUGUUUUAUUGUGGUGUGAAAUUUUAAUAUCAGCGCACACGCCUACGAUUUCCAUUUUCCAUCUGCUCUCCAUUUAUCUUAAAAAUGUUUUCCCUCCACGCCAUUCAAAGCGUCCGACUCUCUUUACUAACGUGUUGAUCACAUGACCAGCAAAUCAUGCUUUCGCUGGGUAAAGAGGACACAGGCGGCGGUUAUAUUUACAACCUCAGUAAAACGUCGUUACACUGAAACGUGGAUAAAAAUACAGAGAAACGUGAAGGACAAUUGGCACGUCCAGGACGUCUCACACAUUCGUACGACCUCAACACCGUGUGGUUUGUAACCGUUAAACAAGAAAAAACACAGCAACAUCUGGGACGGGAGAUGUUCGUCGUUCUGCUGUGGGCUUUCAUGACGACUACACGCAAAGCAGAUGUCGAAGAUGAAGACGCCGAGAGCUGAAGAGUUUGUUUUAUUAAACCGAUUUUUUCUGCUCCGUAAAUUCCACAUUUUAAAGUGGAAUAAAUAAAUAAAAGCGCGAACAUUUUUUCAUUUUCAGGUUUUGCGACGCCUCGGAAGAUGGUUGUUGUAUUUUGAAUUCCUAAACGUAAUAUUAACACAAAAUCAUUAUUUACAUAGAAAAAAUCUAUUUACAGUUAAUUAGACGUCAUUUGGGGAAUUUUUAUUUAUUACGUUUCUGCUUCUUUAUAAAGUUUUUUUUUUUGUUCCGCAUUCUCGUAAUUGAACGUUUUUAAGAAGAUCCUCGUUUUCGUAUCAUUUCUGAACGAUACAGCUUUAUCAUUUCGGUCUUCUUUCCAACGUCGUCUCACGCCGUACUGAAGAUUUAUUUCAUAUCUACAGCAUAGACGCAUCGUUUUCAUUUUUACCUUUUUAUUAUCAUUAAAUAGUAAAAAUCAUAAUAAAGCGUCAGUUGGUUUAGGAAAAGAUUUUGCGUACAUUUGAAAAGAAUAAGCGUAAUCACUCAUCUCACACUGACUGCUUUCUUAUUUCUCGUUUCUUAUAUUCUUUAUCCAACUCAAAUCUCACGAUUUCACAAAUCCAACUUUUAAGCCCAGAUUUUAUUUGACAGGAGAGGAUGAUGGGUUUGUGUGUUAGCGUUAGUGUUAGCCUUCCACAGAAUGCUGCAUGUUAGUCAAUGAUCAUUUUGAUUUUGAAUGUAAUCGUGUUGUCGUUGUGGUUUUUUUAUUUUUUUUUUAUUCGUUUUGCGUUAAAAUAUAAGACAAUAUACAAGACUUUACACUCAGGAGGGAGAUCCGCUCUGUGCUGUCUGUGAAACACACAGUCUUCAUUUUAGAAUAUUGUACAGUUAUUUUCAAGAGAGAAAAACACAACCAAGCACUCACGCUGAAACACACACACACACACACACACACACACACACACACAUCCGUGAGCACAUUCAGAGCUGAUUAACACUUUGAAUGAAUUUAAUAAAUCGUUCAAAUAUGAAAUAAAGCCUCCUUUUAAUCAUCUACACUAAUAAUCUCCACUGCAGUGCUGCUUAUUAAAAUCCCUCACGAAACAGAGCCAUCGCAGAUUAACUGUCAUUUUCUUAUUGUGUAGGAUAAUAAGUGUGUGUGUGUGUGUGUGUGUGUUACAUCACUGACAUACAGGUUUGGGGUUUAAUGAUCAAUAUUUGAAAGCAUAAAUACUAAGUGUGCAGUAAAUCUGUGUUUGUUUUAUGAGUAUAUCUGAUACAUUUGCAGUUAUUUUGAUGUACUAAUGUAUGUGACAGUAUUUUAUUAUUAUUAUUAUUUCCAUUUGAUUGAGUUUACAUGCCAAAUGCUUGAAACAGAAUCGAUGUGAUUACAGAAAUGUUUUAUUUGCUGUUAGGAGACGUGUAGAAUUUCAUGAGUGAUGACGGAAUAUUGUUCAAUACACAACUUUGGUGUUUUUUGUUUUUUUUAUGUGAAAUUGUAAACGUUUCCAUUUUAUUCAAAGCCAAAAUCACGUUGGUCAUGUGAUCAUUUCACAUUGGUUACAUGAGGAAAUUGUUGUUUCACUUAGUGUCCUUUAUAAAUGAUCAAAUUCCAUCACACACAAAAAAAAUGUUCAAAUGUAAUCAAGUACAAACGAUUCCUUUAUUUUUAUUAUUUUGUGUAUUUAUUUUUCAACUGUUUUACUACACAGCUCAGUGAGUAAAAAUGUCUUUAAUAUAUUCAAAUAUAUGUAACAUUUCUUAUUAUAAGAUUACAAUAAACCGAUUAUGCAUUUAUUAAACCUAGUUUUAGACAUUUUUACUCAUUUCGAGCUUUAAAUCGUGUUGGCAUUUUUUCUCAUUUUAAGCAUUUAUUUCUAAAUAGAAGUCAAAUGCCAGGAGAGUAAGAAAACGAAAUCUCGAAAUUAAUUAAAAAUAUGUAUAUAUAAAACAGGCUGAAAAUCUGAGAAUAAUUUCAGAAUAAAUAAUAUCACAUAAAUUUAUCCAAGUUUAAGAUAUUUUCAAUUCACAAAAGAAAAAGUGGAAUAAGUCAGGAUUAAAAAUGACGUACAAAUCAAAUAUGAACACUAAUGAACAAGCUCCGCCUUCAGAGUUUAGGCCACGCCCCCUUCCUGAGUCUCUCUGCUGAGGAAUUUCACUGGAUAUCAAAUUCCUAAGUCCUGAAUUUAAUAUGUCCUGACAGGCACACACACACACACACACACACACACACACACACAUUUCUUGUUUUAAUAUUUAUCACCUGUAAAUAAGCACGUGCUGAUAAUCAGAUUAAAAACACUUUCCGACGAUUUCCUGUAAUUCUGCGUUACAUUUUUUAAAACACAAACUUGUUUUGUUCCCAUGAUGUAAAAUUUCAUUUGUUUGUUUGUUGUUGUUGUUGUUGUUGGUGGUGGUAGUGGUGGUGGUGGUGUGUGUUAUAUUUUGUGGCUGCCAUAUUUCUCAAAAAUAAAACACUGCUUCUUUUCUUUUUUUUUUUUUUUUUAAUCAGCAGUUUCGUUUCACUAAUAUAUUCUGAUUAUUACAGAGCUGAUAUAUUUAAUGACGUGACUCGCUAUGGUUCUGGGUUGUUUUUUUAAAAUAUUUCUAUUCCGGUGUGUUUGUUUAGAGGACGAGUAACUACUGAGCAGCAGUGUGGUGAAAAAUCAAAUCCAUAAAUAAAAGCAUCUUCAUUUGAAUAAAAUCGCACCACCAAAACAUCAGUGCACUUAACAUGUGAAUUCUUUUUCUUUUAAUAUGGAAUUGUUUCUCUUCAAACGCCUUUUCAUUCCAAACAGAGAGAAACUCAGUGACAGCGUCGCCGGGCAGAACCACAACCCGGAACCUGAGGAACUACAGUGACACAGAACCACACGCUCAACUUUGUCCUCUAACAGUCCUAUAAUAAUAAUUCUCUCAUAAUGCUGUAAUAGUGCUGCUAUAAUUCUAUAAUACUUGUACACGAAUUCUGUAAUAAUCUAAUAUUAACACUACACUAAUACUAUAAUAAUUCUACAAUGAUGCUAUGAUCACGCUGCAGUAAUAUAUUAUUCUAUAACGGUCCUAUGGU